UGUUCACCAGAUGAGUCUCCAGCAGCACCUGGUGCACAAGUUCUCCAGCUGGAAGCCGCCGCCCCCUGCGGUGGAAGGGAGGAGCAGUGGUGACGUCACCCUCUCCUUCUCUGCCGGCGUGUACAGCUGCCUGACGGACCGCCUCCUGUACAGAGUGGAGAAGAAGGAGAAGAUUCCUCCAUGGGUUCUUGUCUAUAGCGGAGGCAAAACCACAAAAAGAAUAGACAACCUAGCGCCGUGCCACCCGCACCGCUUCCGUCUGCAGCUCGUCGUCAGGCCCAGCGCCGUCUCCGGGCUGGCGGACACCCUGGCGCAGCGCUGCGGGGGAGAGCAGGCGGCGCGCGAGCUGCUGGCAGACGGAGACGAGAGCCAGGGUGGAGAAGAGAGGAGGACAGACACACCGUGGCUGCAGUCGCAGUGGUCGGACGAGACUUGGACCAGCACGGAGUCGGACGGCACGGCGGCCGCGUGCUUCUGCAUGGCGGUGCGCUGUGGAUACCUCAAGCAGGUGCAGCAAAUGCUAGAAGAGCGUCCGCAGCUGCUGUCCGUCAUCAACUACAGCAAUGGGUACACGCCGCUCGCCACCGCCGCAAGAAAAGGUGACGUCAACAUGGUGCGGUACCUGGUGGGCGCGGGCGCAGAGCUGGAGCAGCGCUCGUCAGCUGGGCAGACGCCGCUGCAGCUGGCCGUGCUGUGCGGACACACCGCGGUGGCUGACCUGCUGCUGGAGAAGGGCGCUGACUUCCAGGCGCGCGACCUCAACCAGCUGCGCGUGGAGCACUACGCGGUGGACUCGUGCGCACCGGACGUGCUCCGGCUCGUGCUGGACCGCGGCGGGGACGUGCACGUGCGCGACAGCAACGGCUGGACGCCGCUCUUCAGAGCUGUGUGCCAAGGAGCGAAGAGUGAAGUGAUCGAGGAGCUGGUGCGACGCGGCAGCGACGUGGAGGCGACGGACCGGCGACAGCUGACCGUCGGCGCCGUCGCCAAGCUGCUCAAAGACCGACAAGGGCGGCGCCGCGAGUCCGUGCUGCGAGCCGUGGACGGGCAGUACCAGCACGAAAAGGUGAUCGCCAACUUCACGCGCCUCACCAAGAAGAUCUCCAACUUCAACAACCUGUUCAAGCAUUAGCUGCUCACGACGGAGAUAAGGACAACCAUCCACAUCUAGAUCCAGAAGUAAAAGUAAUAACACCAAGUUUUAUUUAAAAUAUUCAUCAAAACCUCGCACUUCAGUAUGGUCUUAUCGAUUUUGAGAUGCUUUACUAUAGGUACGAACCAGCGUCAGUUUUCAAAAAUAAAAAACAUCAGUGCAUUUGCUCAACUUUGAUAGAAUAAUUAUUUUAAACGGUACAGUGAAUUGUAGCCAACAGACCUGAAAUAGUACUACUCGAUCGGUCAGUUUGUUGUGCAAUAGUUGUUGAAAUUUUCUUAAUCCAAUAUGACAAUAAUCUUGUGAAAGCAUAAAAGGAUAAAGUAUCAAAAUAGUUGAACCUUGCUCACGAGAUUACCACCACUCGUUUCAGUCAAUGUUCUAAUAGCGAAAAGCUUCUACUAAGACCUCGACCAAGAUUCGCUUAACUGUUGGAUACUGAAAAGUGCUUAUUGUGAAAAGAUUAUAAUAUUCGUUGUGAUGACAAUAAUUAUUGUAAAUGAUGAUUAUUUUAAAAUGAAAACGAGAUUCUUACGCAUGUAACUAGCUUUCUAGAUCUAUAGUGUAGUAACUGCAAAUAGAUAAAAUUGACGUUUUAAAAAACUCAUUGCUGUAAGCCUAAUUGAAAUAAACGAAUUUGACUCUACAACAAAUCUUUUAAAAAAAGUACAAAUCAUAUCCGAUAUGAUUAUGGCUGGCUCAUUUCUUGCCUCAGUGAUCAGCCUGGUUGUUCAACCCGAAAAUCCAACCAGUACCACUAUUCCACAUGGGCAUGAUUUGUAUGGCUAAGGAUAAGAUAA